CGGAAGUGACGCCAUCCCGGAAGUAGCAAUUUCACAGUCUCCAGGGUGACGGGUGUAGGAGGCGGAGUCGGAACAUGUUGUGAAUCACGUGGUUUAUUAGGAGCAGCGGGAGCUUAUGAGAAUGUGACAGGCGGCAGCGCUUGUGUACCAUUUAUAUCAUGAGCAAAAGGAAGAGCAAGGAGAAGAGCCUCCCUAUAGGUGAAUGCAUUUCACAGGUACAAGGCCAGCUACGACGGAGACUACUACAGCAAGACCAACCUGGCAAGAGAUGUGGGGUGGAGGCUCAACACAAGCACUUAGUGGAGCUUCUGAAGAGAACAGUGUUUCAUGGGGAGAGUAACUCUGCACUGAUCAUCGGUCCCAGGGGAUCGGGAAAGAGUAUGCUGCUACAUGAUGCUCUAGAAGAAAUAUUUGCAGUGAAAGAAAUAAAGGAGAAUGCAUUGCAGGUCCGAUUGAAUGGACUUUUGCAGACAAGUGACAAGAUUGCUUUGAAGGAAAUCACCAGACAGCUAAACCUGGAGAAUGUGGUUGGGGAUAGAGUAUUUGGCAGCUUUGCAGAGAAUCUUUCCUUUCUCCUUGAAGCUUUAAAAACAGGCGACCGCACAAGCAGCUGCCCAGUGUUGUUCAUAAUGGAUGAGUUUGAUCUCUUUGCCCAUCAUAAGAACCAAACGCUGCUUUAUAAUCUCUUCGAUAUUGCUCAGUCGGCUCAGGCUCCUGUGGCCGUUAUCGGGCUCACGUGUCGACUGGAUGUCAUGGAGCUUCUAGAGAAGAGGGUAAAAUCUCGCUUCUCCCACAGACAGAUUCACCUGCUGAACUCCUUCAAUUUCUGGGAUUACAAGGAGAUUUUUAAAGAUCUUCUGUCUCUGGCGCCCCAAUUCCCAGACUCACAGUUUGCAGAGAAAUGGAAUUCAGAUGUUCAGGCUCUGCUGGAAAAUAAAAGCGUGGAAGACGUUCUUCAUAAGCAGUUUAAUGCGUCCAAGGAUAUUCGAUCCCUGCACAUGCUAUUGCUGCUGGCCUUGUGUCGUGUUAAUGUGUCUCAUCCUCAUUUGAACGCCGCUGACUUGGUAGAAGCGUACAGGCUCCGCAGCAUGGACUCCAAAGCAAAUAUAUUGCACGGCCUGUCUGUUCUGGAGAUGUGUCUGGUAAUAGCCAUGAAACACCUACAAGACAUUUAUAGUGGGGAGCCCUUCAAUUUCCAGAUGGUUCACAAUGAAUUUCAGAAAUUUGUACAAAGGAAAGCUCAUUCUGUCUAUAAUUUUGAAAAAUCUGUUGUCCUGAAGGCCUUUGAACAUCUGUACCAAUUGGAGCUGAUCAAACCAAUGGAAGGUCUGUCCGUCCGCACACAGAAGGAAUACAGACUCAUGAGGUUACUUCUGGACAACAGCCAAAUAUCGGAAGCCCUUCAGAAAUACCCCAAUUGUCCCACAGACGUACGACAGUGGGCAAUGUCCUCUCUGAGCUGAACACAUUUUUGUAAUGUUAUUUUUUUUAUAUAUAUAAAGUUCUCCAUA